CAACCUUGUGACCAUAGGAAAGUUUCAGCACUUUUGUAUUGAUCAGAAGAAAGAAAGUCUUCAGUCGAGUCGCUGGUGCUGUCGGAAAAUAACGACUACGAAAAUCUUCGGUAGUGAAAUUUAAUAGAGCGUCUUAAAUAAAUAUUUUUAGAUAUUACGGUUUACAAAAUUAAAAGUAAGAAAACGCACACAAAUUAUACGUUUGCUUUGUGUAGCCGGCACCCAUAUUUAGUGUAGAAGAAACAUUUGUUGGAAAAGAGAAAAACGAGUUCACGAGCGUGAAAUUGUAACUGUGAUAAAGGUGGUUGUGAAAGUUUGUGUUUUCUGGAAGACUGUUGAAAGUCAUUGCCUAGGAAAUGUCGCUUAGAAAGGCCAUUUUCUUUUUAUUAUUGGUAUGCCUAAACGCAUCUUUCGGCCAAGCGUCACAACAAUCUGAUAAAUCCACUGAUGAUGAUGAUUCGAAUCCCUUGUUUGAUAUGGCUUCGAUGUUUAUUCAAGAAGCCAUGACCAAUCAAAAUAAUGGAAGAGGCAGAGGCGAUAGUAGUGGACCAGGCUUGUCCGCAGUAGCAUCAUUAAUUGGAUCAUUUUUGCAAGCAAAUAGCGGGAGCGGAGGCAAAAAUGCCGGCUUGCAAAUUCUCUCUGGUAUUGGAAGCCUGUUGGCUAACGCUGGUAACAAUAAUGGCCGCAGUGGGGGAUUUGACCCGUCCAUCAUAGGAAACGUUAUUGAAAUGUUUACCCAAGGUGACGACAACGACGACGACAGUAGUGAUUAUCACCGAAAAAGGCGUGAAAAUGAAUCGGGCAUAGAUCUCGGCUCCAUUAUCCAAAUAGCAUCAGCAUUUAUGGGACAAAAUGGCGAGCAGUCAUCUCAACGUCCCCAUAACCAUCAGCAAAAACGUUCAGUGAACAACGAAAAUCCACCAACUGAACAUAAGGAAGAUAAUGGGCUUAUGAGUUUACUGCCACUAGUCAUGCAAGCUAUUAGCUCUUUUGCUGGACCCGAAGGCCAACACACACAAGAAAAACAUAAGGAUCACGCGUGGGUUUUGCCCCCAUUUUUGGAACAUAUGCACGUUAUGUGGGAUCAUUUUUCGAACUCUGAACUAGCCGAUGCUUUGUAUGAGAAAUCUGGAAUAAAUAAGAUUCUAAAGGGAUUCAAAGGGCGUGAUGGUAAAGUCGACUACGAUAAGUUGUUCGAAUCUUUAAACAAUCAGUCAUUUAGGCGGCGCUGGAUAAAAUCUGCUACACUGUAUUUGGCUGAUUGGGCAAGUUAUUUGGCGAACCCAGAUGUCUACCUAAAGUAUUUCCAGACGGCACAGUUCAUGUUUAAUGGAUUCCUAAAAGCUCAAGGUUAUCCAAAAAGCACUUUUUUCGAUGCCAAUAGACCUACGGAGACGAUUUCUAAUUUAUUGGAUCAUGUUGCAAAACACCAUUUGAAUGUGAAAAUCCAGUCGCGACAAUAUGUGAAGCCUGCUGUUGGAUAUGCUAAGGACAUCUUAAAAUUGGGCAAAGCACGCGGACUCUUGCAAUUUAACUCGACCGAAAUUAGUGACAAACUUACAGAUACUCUCAAUUUGGAGGUCAUUGAACCCAUAUUAAAAGUGCAUCGUGCAUACCGAUACGUGUCUAAACAGCCACAAUGUGAUCGCUACGUUCUAUGUAAGCUGAAUGAUCCACAACAGUAUUCAGACGAAGAAACGCUUGGCCUCAUAUCGAACGUUAUGCCGAAAAUUGUGAAAGUUGGAAGUAUGGGAGCUGCUUUUUUUAUCAGCACAGAAACGGGAACCCCCUUCUGGACAUUAUUCAGCGUUGUUACAUCCGCAUCAAGCUGUGAGGUUAAAUAUCCUGUUGACUGCAGUGGUUUUCACGAAGGCGAGGCAAGAGUAACCACAGAGUAUAUACACAACGAAUUGUAAGAGUGAAUGGAUUAGACCAGGAAGAUGAGAUGUGGUUCUCCAAAAUAUCAAAGACCUUCAGUAAUGUCUUUACGGGAGGUUAUGAAAGUUCCAGCGUAAACAAUGCAUGAUAUGCUUUUUAAGCCCAUAGUGUUUACUCGAUUACAAACAUUCAAAUAGAUAAGUUCGCCUAUAGUAGCUGAAAUUUAUUUUAUGGAUUUAGUUUAACACGUUCCUGUAGCGUGAUAUUUGUAAAAUGUAAAUAAUUAGUAUUAUCUUGUUGAAGAUCAAAAAUAAAUUAAGCACAAGUGUAAUUUGAAA